AUGUCUUCAACGGCCACUCUUACAACGCGUAGAGGUACGCAAAGUAAACCUGCUACCUCCGGUGUCCCAAAUCAAACACUAUACUGUACCAAUCUUCCAGACAAGCUACACAAAUAUGACCUACGGCUCUCGCUCUAUACCCUUUUCUCUACCUACGGGACCGUUCUGGAUGUGGUGGCCAUGAAGACCAAGAAGAUGCGCGGACAGGCUCAUAUCGUGUUCAAGGAUGUCCAGGCCAGUACGCAAGCAAUGCGAGCGCUUCAGGGGUUUGAAUUCUUUGGCAGACAAAUGAAAAUCGUUUAUGCGAAGGGCACUUCGGAUGUGAUUGCCAGGCUCCGCGGAACAUACAAUAUCGCACCUUCGGGUGCUGCAGCUCAAGCUGGAGCCGCCUCUUCGGAUCUCCAGAAGUCCAUUUUCAGCGGACCCCCGGGGUCAGCGGCGCUACCGCCGAAACCUACCGGGGAGGUUAACGGCGAACCCCAGGCAACCCAAGGAGUCAAGCGGCCUCGCGAGGAGGAAAGUGACGGGGGAGAAGCGCCGAUGGAUGAGGACAGCGAUGUCCCGAUGGAAGCCUCCUCAGAUGAAGAUUAG